CCCAGAAAACCCCAAUCAAAUUCAAUUCUUUCGAAGAAGUGCAGAGAUAAUUAAUGGCUUGUUCGGCCGCUGACAAAGAAAACAAAGAGCCGCCAAUAUGGUUCAAGAACAAGAAAGCCUUGAGCAACGUGCUGUACUCAAUGCGUCGCCAUUCCCUCAGCAGCACUACUCAAGAAAGGGUCCCUCUUUCUGUUUUCUCAAAACCCACAACCAAACUCCAAGCUGAUUUUACCACUCUCACAACAAGUCUUGUUUCCGACAGAACUUCGCUUCUCUCCGAUGGAAUCUUGCUCAAGAUUCUCUCCAAGAUUCCCGAAUCACAGAGGACUGCGAAUUUUCUUGUUUCCAAGAGGUGGCUCAAUCUUCAAGGCAGGCUCGUCAGAUCCUUGAAGCUUCUCGAUUGGGAUUUUCUCCUUUCAGGUAGAUUACUUCUCAGAUUCCCUAAUCUCGUUCGCGUCGAUUUGGUCGGUGGAUGUCUCGUUUCGCCUCGUAACAACUCGGGUAUUUCGGUCUCCCACAAGACUGUAUCCUUUCGUGUCGGUUCCGGUAAUAAAGAUUGGGUUUUUAAUGAAGAUUCUGUGUUGAGUGCUGAUGAAGUAGACAGGGGUUUGAGGGUUUUAGCCGACGGUUUUCCGAGUUUAAGGAAAUUAGCGGUGAUCAAUGCGGGUGAAACGGGCUUGUUGAUAGUAGCUGAGGAAUGCCCCACGUUGCAAGAACUCGAGCUGCGUAUGUGCAACGAUCGUGUUCUUCGUGGGAUCGCCGCCUGCAAGAAUUUGCAGAUUUUAAGGUUGAGUGGGACCGUCAAUGGGCUUUACGUGUCGUUGGUUUCGGAUAUCGGAUUGAGUAUUGUAGCAAAGGGGUGUAAGAGAUUGGUCAAACUCGAAUUGAGCGGAUGUAAAGGGAGUUACGAGGGGAUUCGAGCAAUUGGUCAAUGUUGUGUAAUGCUCGAAGAGUUGACUCUUUGCAACCACGAAAUGGAGGAUGGUUGGCUGCUGGCUCUUUCGUACUUUGAAAAUUUGAAAUCUUUAAGGUUUUUGUCGUGUACGAGGAUCGAUGGUGGUUUUCGAGCAGACGAGCAUUUGGGUUUUUGUCCUGCGGUUGAAUGUUUAUUUUUGGAGAAGUGUCGGAUAAGGGAUAAAACGAGUUUGAGGGCGUUGUUUUUAGUGUGUCGAAAUGUGAAACAAUUAGUUUUGAAGAAUUGUUGGGGUCUUACUGAUGAUAUGUUCACCACUGCAAGUGUUUUAAGGACAAUAAGAAUGCUGUCUUUAGAAGGGUGCUCGUUGCUUACAUCGCAAGGUUUGGAGACUGUAAUAAUCUCGUGGAACGAACUUAAGAGCCUCAAAGUGAAGUCGUGUAAUAAUAUAAAGGACGACGAAGUGGUUUCGGACGUGUUUUCGUCUCUCAAGAAUUUGAAAUGGGAGCCCGAUAGAAAAACACUUGUUUCAAUUAAUCUUGAUGGAACUGGAAUGGGAAAGAGGGGCGACAAGUUCUUCAAUAAAGCCCGUGAUUGGAAAUCUUUGUCGGGCUCGUAAAAACUUCAAAUCUAACAUGUUAUGUUAUGUUCGCGUUGUUAUUGAUGUUGCAGUGGCGGAUCGAGCAAAGAGCUACUAUGAAGGGGGGCCAUGGCCCCACACCGCUUCUCGAAAACAUCUAAAGAUUUGUUAUUUUUUCGAGGUGUAGCAUUGUUCUCCAUCAUACAUAAUAAACUUUUAUUACUUCAAUUCUUGUAAGAAAAUUAUCAUUGCUUAGUUGAUGAGUUUAUUGCAAA